GGCCGAUCGAGAGCUGGAGAGAGCUCAAGACAAGAAUAACGUUCUUGACGAAAGCUGAAGUCAUCUUUUCUCGGGUCAAGGUAAAGACGCUUUCAUCUUAUAAAAAUGGAUUCUGAAGCGAGGUCUGCUGUCAGCCCUGAGCGCACCUUCCAGUAUGAUAAUGAUUUGCCUGCCCUGCCUGUCCCAAAUCUAGAAGAUACAUUGAAAAAGUAUCUUGAGUCAGUUAAACCAUUAACAACAGAUGAGGAAUACAAGGAAACAGAGAGAAUUGUGGGAGAGUUUGGCCAAGGAAUUGGGCAAGAGCUGCAUAAGAAAUUAUUGGAGAGGGCAAAAGCUAAAAAGAAUUGGUUGGAAGAUUGGUGGCGAGAUCGAGUGUACUUGACCAACAGAACACCUCUGGGAAUAUGUUCAAUGUAUGGGGCUAACAGGACAAUGGAAAGCUUCUGGCCACCGUGCAUUGGGACUAACAUUGAGAGGGCUGCUAUCAGCACUUGGUACAUGCUUAGAUACUUUGAAGAGCUUCGGAGAGAGUCAAUCCCUGUAGAGAAGAGUAAGACUGGUAAGAUGAUAUUUUCCAUGGACCAGGCCAGGUCUAUGUUUAAUGGAAGCAGAAUCCCAGGUCCUGAGGCAGAUCAACUCAUCAAUUCCUUCAGAACAGAGAGAGAAGGACCUUGCCCAAAUCACAUGCUUGUUAGCUGCAAUGGCCAUCUCUUCAGGGUCGAUCCAUUUGAUAGUAGGGGGAAACUUGUCAGUUCCAGAGAAUUUGCAAGACAACUUCAGAAUGUGAAGGAGCGUAGUAUGAAAAGAGGUCAAUGUAUGUCAUCAUUGACGGGGGAUGAGAGGAGUAGGUAUGCUGAUAACCACAAACAUUUGAAGAGUCUUCAUUCCAUUAAUGAAGAACAUAUCAAGACCAUUGAUUCAGCCAUCGCUCUGCUUGCCUUAGACGAUUCCACCCCUUGCACUUAUACUGAGCUUGUCCAAGAAACGGUUAGUGGGAGAAAUGUACACAAUCACUGGUUGGACAAAAGUGUUAUUCUGAUUGUCUAUGAGAAUGGCUGUCUUUCCUGCAUAAGUGAUCAUGCUCCAUUUGAUGCUAUGGUAUGCGUUGAUAUGAUCUACUGGGGCUAUAAGAAGAUGGAACAGAAUGGAGGAAUAUGGCCUGACACAGACUGCGAGGUUAGGGGGGAUUUAGCCCAGCCUCAAGAGUUAGUCUUUGUCACAGACCCAGCCAUUGAAGAUGCAAUCGUAACAGCAGAAGAAACCCAUUACAGAGCCGUGGAGAAUGUGGACAUUCUGUGUAGCUAUUUUCUCAACCUUGGCAAGGACUGGUGUAAGCAAUAUCGUAUCCAUCCAGAUUUCUUAUGUCAACUAGCUAUUCAGCUUGCGUACUACAAGAUGUAUAGAAGGCCUGCUGCAACGUAUGAGACGGCUACCACAAGACAGUUUUACCAUGGUAGAACAGAGACAUGUAGAUCAUGCUCUUCAGAAGCUCUGGCUUGGUGCAAAGCAAUGGUGGAUCCUGAGGCAACGAAAGCAGAGCAGGCGGAGCUCUUGAAGGCAGCUUACAUCAAACAUUUCACCUUGAUGAGUGAUGCCAUGCAGAACAAAGGGUGCGACAGACAUCUCCUCGGUCUCUACUUCAUCUCAGAUGAACUAGGAAUGCCUCCUCCAGAUAUCUUCUUAGAUCAAGGAUUCAUCAAAAGUGGUGGAGGGGGUAACUUCAUCCUCUCUACCAGUCUAUCAGGGUAUAAGCCGUUCCUUGGUCUAGUACCUCCUAUGUGCCUGGAUGGGUACUUUCUCAGCUAUCGCAUCCUCAAUGACAAAUUGGAGUUUGUGGUAGUGACAUGUAAGAAUAGCACAGAGACAGACAAUCUGACAAUGUUCAAGAAUAUAACUCAAUCUCUCAUACAAAUUAAAGACCUUACAAUGCAAGCCGCUUCAAAACUUUGAGACUUUGAGGAUCAUCCACAGAGCAUGGAUCUUUAACCCUACUCUCAUCUACUUUCUUACUCUGAUUUGCCUUAAACCAGUUUAGAAGAUCGUUCUGCUAGCAUUCUCAAUACCAUCUAGUGAACUGGUUUCUCGAACCGUGUUACCUAAAGUGGUCUUGAUGCUAUGGGAACGCUCUCAGACUUUAAUAUGUUUUGUGUGAAAUUUGAAAGCCCAGUGUGGUCAUUCUACACACAUUGUGAACUGAGUAGCAUUCCAUUAGGAACACGCUAUCGUACUUCUGUGUGAAGAUUGCUCUGAAGAAUGGUCCUCACCUUCGCUUAACCCUGAAAGGACUGGGGGGUCAUCAUGGUUUCACGCGAUAUUUCCGGAACACAAAAAGAUAGCGCUGCAAAAUUUUAUGACUUUUUUAAAGACUUGUGCAACUUUUGAGACCGAAUUCGCAACAUAUAGGUAUAACAUUGCAACGCCAGGAGACCUUUUACAAGACAAUGUCAUGCCGAAAAUGGUUCAUUUUUAUACAUUGAUACUAUAUAUAUUGGAUUUAUUGCAAAUAAAAACUAUUAAAUACAAUCACAAGCAGUCAAAGACUGAAAUGAGUGAAAGUUUACAAAUAGAAAAAUAACAAAAUAUAAAGAAAACAUUAUGUCAUAAAUAAAUAUCAUAUAAUCUACAAAUUCAUACGGAUGAGAAAGAGUAAAUUUCAAAGGCCCAGUCCUUGUAGUGUUAAGCAAUUUAACGAGGCAAUGCUGUCUUGAAAAUGACAUCGCGAGGUGGUCUUUCAAACUGAUUUAGAAGACCACGAAAGAUCUCCAAGACUACUUCAGGUGUUGCCAUUAAUGCACUAAACUGGUUUCCAAGAAAUUGGAUUCCAUUGA